AUGCGUACGUGUUGGAGGGCCCUGCCGGACUUCCGUUCAGUGGGCACGCAAUUGCGGGAGCUCUUCCAAGAGGCCACCUUCGUGGACUACAUCAACAACCGACUUGUGCCCAAAUCCGCCCUUUAUCGUCUCUCUACCCUGCCUAUGGGCGGCGCCUAUCCAAGGGCUCAUGCUGACGCCGGG